AUGGUAUCGGAUCCAGAAAAGUGGGUAGACGAUGUUGCGAAAGCAGGGGGAGGAUUGUACUGCUUUCACUACGAGGCUACUAAGGACCCUCUCGCCCUCGUCAAGCAAAUCAGGUCCGCAGGUAUGAAGGCUGGUAUUGCUAUAUCACCGGAUACACCUUCAAAUGUUAUUACGGAUGAGAUUGGAAAUGCUGUCGACAUGAUCCUCGUCAUGACUGUUCAUCCCGGACGUGGAGGACAAAAGUUUAUCGAAGGGUGUGUACCCAAAGUCUCUGAGCUGCGUGCAAGAUUUCCGCAGCAAAACAUUGAAGUGGACGGAGGGGUCGGGCCAAAGACGGUCGAUGUCUGUGCUAAUGCGGGAAGCAACGUUAUCGUCGCAGGGACGGCCAUCUUUGGCGCGGAAGAUCCGGAGGGGGUCAUUCAACAGUUGAAAGCGAGCGUCGAGACUGCGCAGGCGAAGAUUAGCAGACAGAAUUAG